ACCACCAAAACCACAACCCAUGCCAACUUUAACUUGAAUGAUGAGUCAAACCCAACCCAACCCAAACCUUAACAAAUCCUCCAAUCCCCCAACCACCCCAGUUACCUACAUAAACUCACUCCUACACAUGGAACCCUUUAGAGGAAUUCCCAAUGGGUCGUCCACUUCUCCCUAUUCACCAGCUCUCGAGCAUACCUCAAUCAACCUACGCUGCGAUAACUCUACUUUUCUGUGCCUUCGCACUUUUUAUGUGCGCUUCUCACUCUCGCAAGUGGCGCCGAUGGAAGGCCUGCUUCGGCCAUGGCUACUCCAAGGACAGAGAUCCAGUCAUAAUACAGCUCAACAACGAAGAGAUGAUUCACGGGUUCCAGUUCGGCAACGGAGAAGGAAUCACGCCUAGCUGUGAAAUUUCAGUGUGGCAGAAGGACAUACUCAUGGGUGGUAAGUGCCAGCUCCCAGAUUUCUCUGGCGUCAUCAUAUAUGAUUCCACGGGAAAUAUUGUUCCUCCGGCCAAAGCUUCUCGUGCGCUUCCUUGCAAAUGAUGAUGAAAAGUGGAAUGUUCUUGAAAUCAGAAGGUCAAGGGCAGUUGAUGUAUUCACUCUUUUUUUUUUUUUUUUUUGUACCCAUGUAGACAAAAUUAUGACAUUGCCCUUUUCACGUGUUAGAAAGAGAACAAAUGAGAUGCUAUGUUGUAAA